AUGUCAUUAAUUUCCUGGAAUUCUUGGAAUGAAAGUAACGUCGAUCGCGUCAUUGACCAAUUUGAUCCGGUGAGUUUUUUUGAAAUUCCAUCAACUUGGUUUGAUGGUAAAGGCAUUAUUCGAUAUUCUAACCCGAAAGCAGUAAAAUUAACCAGCGGUAAUUGGGAUUAUUAUACACCAUUCAAAGGUUGGAUAUGUUAUGGUUUAAAUGCAGAAAAAUUUGGUUCAAUUGGUUCUACACGGAUAACCUCUGAUGACUCUUCAGAUGAAUGGAUUGUUGGGUUUUAUGGAUUUAGACGUGAUACACUACAAUCCUUACGAUUCAUAGCUCAAGGGAGCUUAAAAAUUGGUUGUGACGCUGACAAUAAGCAGUUCGCAAUUUCCAAAGACGUCGGACCUAAUGCAACAUUCUUUAAUAAAAGCACAUGUGGAAAAGGUAUAUGUUUAACAUCAAAUCUUGAAUAUAUGACGGACUGUAAGCUGAUUGAACCAAUAAAAUAUAAUAAACAUUACUUUAUACAAGUGGCUUUACAGUGUCAAAUUCAUUCCUUGAAGAUUCGAAUACCAGAGUGUUCAAAAUAUCGUUAUUAUAUUAUUAAUGAUCCAGCGUACGUUCGCCCAUACGGAAUUCUUGUUAAAUUUCUGACGAAAACCGAUCCAAUAAAUAUACUCGAACAUCAUAAUUUCAAUUUAGAUGAUGAAAAGCAUAACAACAAAAACAUGUCUGACGAAAAUAAAUCGUACAUUGAAGAUCUAUCAAAUGAAUUAUGGCUUCAAAUAUUCGAUUACUUCGAUUCAAUAAAUCUUUUUCUCACAUUUUAUGACUUAAAUAAACGCAUUAAUCGAUUACUUGUAUCCGAAAAAUUCACGUCACUUUCACUUUCGAACUCGAUCAGUCAUUCGAAUUUUAUUCACAAAUUUUUUCAGGUAUAUUUAACAUUUUCGAGUUUGUUUAAUAUUUGUUUUCCAUUUUCAGUAAGGAACGAAACAAAAAUCAACUUCAACAGAACUUUCUGUUUUCAUAUUCAGUUAAAAAGGAAUGUUUUUUCUUAAAUCAAAUAUUUUAUUCAUUCGAGAUUUAGCUGUUUUUUAUUUCUAAACGAAACGGAUGCUAAUUCUUUUUUUUUUAAGGAUCAUCCAUUGGAACGAUUCAAACAAGUUCAACAUCUCAGAUUGACAUACACAUUUUUGGACACAAAUGAAUGUAAUAUUGUUAAUCAUCUCUCAUCAUUCUCGGUUCUUAAUUCGCUCAUUAUUAAUCUUGAUACUGGUAGUGCAGAAUUUAAACUAAAAGAAAGGCUCAUACACAUUGUUUUCUCUCAGCACCAUCCUUUGCUUCAACGAUUAUAUAUAAAUGGAUAUCAUAUGAAGGCAGAAAUCAUGGACAACACGUUUACGUUUUAUUUUCCAUCUCUUCUCUAUGUUCGAGUAGACAACCUUGAUCAUUACUUGACUGUUCAACUCUUGAAUCGAUGUCAUCAACUUCGUUCAUUUUCAGCUGAAAUUUACCAUGGUGGAAUUUUUUCCCAUUCAACAUCUCAAUCACUCACGAAUUCUUCAGACAUGACUCAAGACGAACUCAAUAGAGAAAUUGACGUCAUGGAGAAUUCGAAUAUUGAGCUCGUUCCAAUCAGUACCACUCUCAUAGCUAUGACUACGUUGAAUUUAAAAUGGUCUUCUUAUGUUGAUUAUAAUUGGUGGGAAAAUUUUCUUAAACAUUUAUUGCCAUGUUGCCCUAAUCUAUGCAGACUUUUUCUCUAUACUGUGUGUAUAGAAGAGAGAAAUUUGCUUGAUGCAAAUUGGUGGACAAAUAUACUUUUCUCCAACAAGAAAUUGCAAUGUAUUUCUCUUAUUUUACAUUGGGCGACACGCAACUAUAAAUCAGAUUAUGAUAAACGAAUGGUUCAAAAGUUCCAAUCAUCAACUUAUUUUAAUCAACUCAAAGCCAAUGUUAUGUGCACUUUCGGUAGUGAUUUUCCUUGGUUUCUGUAUGAUGUUUCUAUCAAGAAUUAAGAAUGUUUCUUAUAUUCCAAACUUAUUUUUCAUAUAAUUCUUGAAAUGUUUUCAAAUUAAAACAUUAAUCACUUUUUCAUUAGAACUGAUCUGCAAUUAAUUUAGCGUUUUUGUUGAAAGUAUAAAUGCCGUCCAAUAGGCAUAUCAAUAAAACCCAAACACAUUUGCUAGAAAAGAUCACUCAAUUUAUCAAUAUUAUUGUGUAUUGACUGUUGAAUUAGAUUGUUAUUGAUAUUUUUCUAAUGUGAAGAUCAACGCAAUUUAGGUACAGUUUUAUAAAGAGAUUGAUCGAUGCACUCAUCGAACGUCGAUGAACAUUUGAUUAAAGAACAAUUUGAAGUUUUUAAAUAGAAAACAGGCAGUUAGUACAAACUCUUACUAUCAUUUUACUUUAACCUGCAGAAAUCUGUUUUCAUAAACGUUUGAUUGCUUUUUUUUAUGAUCUUUACUACUAUGAAAGGGGCUUUGGACACGGCAUGUAUUCUAAAAGGAUUUAUGAGACUAAUAAAACGUUUUGUAGAGCUUAUCAGUCUACACAUUGUCAAUAACAUUUUUUGAUAAACUUAAAUCAGAUACUUCAUUUUCGUUGCCAAAAAAAAACAGAUGCAAUUUCUAUUGAGAUUGUUUCUCAUUUGUAUAAUAUCCAUUGUAGAGGAUGGAAUGUGAGUUAAUUUCAGUUUCAUAUUAAGUACUUUUAAAUUCAAAUAAUGAUUUUCGGAAAAAAUAAAGGAAGCUAUUGAUUGAAUUUCAAUCAAUAUAAGGAAGAUGCUCGAUUUAGAAAGAUUUAUAUUUAGUUAAUACGAAAAUUGUUCUAAAUGAUCACAUGAUACAACAACAAGCGAGAUUGAAUGAUUAAAAUUUGGGAUGAGGGUGUGGAUUUGGAUUGUGGACGAGGGCAAAAAGAACAUCAAGCCAUACUAACCUACACUCUGAAAGUUUUUGAAAUCAUAAAAUAUAUGAUCAAUAACAUCACGAAAUAUCAACGCAUGUAUUGCAUAUGCAUAACGCGAAUAAGUCUUAAAUAAAACAAGAUUUUUUUUUUUUGUUGACGCGAUUUUUAUUAUAUAUCCUCGUUGUAUUGUUUGUUAUUCUUAUUAGUUAAUAAAACACCAGUGGAAAGAAAAUGAAAUUCUAAAGAUAUUUUAUUAGGAUUAAAAUCUCCACUCCAUAUUAUUGAAACAUUUCUAUUCUAUUUACGUACAUUGGAUAUUUUAAAUUUCAAAAGAAAACAGAUAAUUACUUGUUGUUCAUAAAGUUAUUUAAUCUCUUUUAUACGUUCAAUUGCAAUCAUAGUUUGUAAACAUUGAAUAGUAUGAGUCCAAGGGCAAAAAUGUAAAUGUGUAUUACAUAUUAAAAAAACUUCAUUUGGUUCUCCUCGUCGCUUCAAUCCUCAAAUCUAAACAAUUUAUUCUUAGAUAAUAUUCAAUAUUGGAAUCUGUAUUCUAUGAUAAAUACAAAGCCUUUUUCUCGAUGACAUCCUACGAAAAUCAAUGUUAGUUUUGAAUUUCGUAGUUUACUGUAACACGAAAUUAGUGGUAAAAACACCUAAGAUGAUUUUUGCCAACAGCUAGUUUGUCGACUGCAUAUCUCAGUAAUAAAUUGAAAAUUUUAAUGCAAACUACCGGAGAUUCAAGCGAUUUCCAAAUGUUAAAAUAUUUGUUUAUCGAUAGGAAUGAUUUGAUCGGAACGAGUAUAUAGACUCUGAUAAUUCGUAGAAGUUUUUCACAAAAUGCAAUUAUCAAGUCAUAAUCUUUUUGAAGAUUAUCUACAAUGAAAUUUGAGAUUGCUUAUCGUUUUGCCACAGUUAAUGAAUGUAUAAACACCUAGUUGAUAUAAGAAUUCUUUUCCUAGUCGAAAAUCCUUUAAUGAAAUCUCGUAAAAUUCCUGAGAAUUCAUUACCGAGUGAUUUUUUAAGUGACUGGUGAGUGUCUCACUUACGACAGCCUCUUACAAUAACUACCAGCUCCUUACAAUGUAAUUAUUAUGAAUAAUUAUUUGCUUGAUUGAUUUGAGAUGGAAAAUCAUUAUUUUGGAAAAACUCUACUUAUCAUUUUUUUAAAAGCAUGUCUCUUAUCCGUUCAUUGAGUUUCAUCUGAGCGAAUAAAUUGGGUCGAUCGAAUGUUAACUCACGUCCAAAUAAUGAGUCAUUGACGAGAAGGAUCAAUAUAUUUCUGUGCUCCUUGAUAAUCUAUCGGAGAGUCACUGUCGGAAACCCGAGGAGAUUUUUGUCAGUUUACCGUGCUUCCUAACAUUCGAGGACUACCUAGAGAUUACUUAGGGCAUACCAAAACUAAUGGUGAAGAAUUCCUUAUAAAAAAAAAAAACUUUAAGAAAUAUCUUUCUAUAUAAUCUGACAGAGACAAGAAUGCUCGAUUUUUAAAUGCAAUCUGAUCGUACUUCAAUUAAUAUCAUAAUAAUAAAAUUUCAAUAGAAUCAGUAGGUACAGAGCAUAAUUCGAGAUGGUUAUGCUAUGUUUUUUAAAUAACUUUUGAUAGAAGAAACAUGAUCAAAAGCUUCGGUUUUCAUGUUUUGAAAGAGGAAAUGAAGAUAUAUCUAGUCGUAUAUUACGGAUUUGUUGCCAUGGCUUUUUUAAGGUUUUCAAUCGACCUCUUUAGAAACAAACCUGCUCGGUAUGGUAUUUGCAGUAGAUUAUUCAAUUGCAAGGU